AUGUAAAAGAUUUGUCCGGGCAUGUUUCUAGAAGGCUCUGAAGGAGGUCUUCCUUCCUGUCAGACAUCCAUCUCCACCAAGAAAUUAUUUAUGUUAUGUAAAACUUCUUGGCUUAGAUGUGUUUUCCACUUCCUCAUAGCCAAAAACAAUGGAACAGCGCCACUGAGUGGUCUGUCAGCGUAACUCUGCCACAUAAGGUGCCAAAAUAAAACAGCUGAUCUGAGAAAAGAGGCAUCAUAUUUAUAUUGUGCAAAAUAUAAUUAGAUUAAUCUGCUUAAUAGACCAAAACUGAACAAUAGUAACAUUUAGUUAUGGGAUUGUUGUUUCUAAAUGUCAUCAAGUUGUCUGGAUUUUUAAAUUAUCUCUAAAUUUUUAAACUUCCACAUUCUGACUGUAGUGUCUACUAAACGGGGUGUGUUUAGACCAGACAUUUGAUAACUGAAAACAAGUUUCACUGAUAAAGUGAAUAAAAAUGACCAUAAAUGUUGUUUUACUGAGAAGGGCCAUGAAUCAUUAAGGCCAAAAAGGGUAACAUUUUUUAUGUUCCCAAGCAAUAGUUUGACUAACUAGUGACUUUACUCUAACAACAACAAUGGGUUGCUAUGGUUACAGAACCAUCACCACACAAAUGACCUGGAUGAGUAUCUGGAUCACUUCUGGAUAGAAUUUCUUAAUGUUUCUUCCAGAAAAGCCUGAGAAUAAACUGAAUAUGUAGAACUAUACUGUUUAAAAUGUUAAGUAGAAUUAUUGAAGAAAUGAUCUGAUUUUCUAGACUAAUACACACUUAGCUACGCUUUAAAAGAAUUAAAGGAGUAGUUUACUCAUUUAUUCAGUACAUUUGCAGUGUUCUCUAGUGUAAAGCAAUGCUUUAUGAGUCUUCUUUUUUUUAAAGCUCCUGUUCUGAGAUGCAGAAAUUUUCUGGUGCAGAGGUGGGAUAAAAACAACAGGAUUGCUCAUUAUUAUUAAUGAUAUGCACACACCUCACUUCUGAUUGGCUAACAGAACGCGUUCAACCAUGUUGCAAAGUUACUUUCACCAACACACUCUCCGCUCUCUCUCCCCGCUGCAAAAAUGUUUUUAAAAGCCUUCCUGUGGGUGGAUGUGAUGCAAGAUGGGCAAGGCCAAGAAUGCAAAUUCACAGUGUGACAUCACAGCGUGAGGAUUUUCAAACUCUAGCAUUUCACCAUCUAUUUUCUAUGACAAGCUAACGCAGGAGAUGGGUGUAGAAGAAUCAUUAAAAAAAAUUUCAGUCAACCACAGCUUUAAAGAAAAGAACAAAUGCAAUUAUUUCAAGUGACGCUUCACUCAUUUGCCUUUUGGUGGAGCUUUAUCACUGCAAGGUUUUUUUUAUCACAAGCAAAUUUUAUCACAAUGUUUUUUCUAAUUUUAAACACAUUUUUUAAAAAUCUUUUAUACUUUAAUUUUUUUGUUUGCUUUUGUGAAACACCUUAUGAUUUUUCAGAAAUAUGAGAUGCUUGCUUGGCGAAGCAGUCUCUGUCUAGAUCCAAAUCUGAUGACACAUGGGAACCAUAGUGACCACUGUCUCUCACCCACAUGCAUUACCGGUAAACAGAACUGCAUCUCUCUUUGGGCUCAGUCCAUUUAGUUGCGCCACUGCCUUCGACUACUUGGACAUCCCUUUGCCUUCGAAUGGGAGCCAAUGUUGGAUCCAAAUUCAUUAUGAUUCAUGCUUGAAGUGAAGAGGAUAAUCAGCAAAACCGAACUGAGCUAAAAAAAUCUUAAGAGUUUGGAAAUUUUAAAGCUUGUCUAGACAGAAAUCCACACACAGAGACCUUAAGAUGAAGAUCCGAGUAGUGCAAAUCUGGGGUUUCUUGAUGACCGUGUUGGGCUGGAUCUUUGUAGCUUGCACUUUGGCCAUGGAGGGCUGGAAGAUCUCAGCCAUCGGUGGUAUGGGGGGCUCAGCCGUUAUGAAAGUGGCCUGGUAUUGGUCCAGCCUGUGGAGAUCCUGCUAUACAGACUCAACUGCCGUAACUAACUGUCGUGACUUCCCUGUGCUCUGGUCUGUGAAUGGCUAUGUCCAAAUAGUGCGAGGCCUGCUAAUGGGAGCUCUUUCUGUGGGCAUGCUGGGGUUUGUACUCAGUCUUUUGGGCAUGGAAUGCACCUACAUUGGAGGAAAAGAAAAGUCCAAGUACAGGAAGAUCUGUACGGGUGGAUGUUGCCACAUCCUCAGUGGUGUGCUGUCCAUAUCUGCGUAUGCUGUUUAUGCAACAUAUGUGUCAAUGGAAAACCUCGACGCUGACAUUACUAACCUCAGUUAUGAUCUUGGCACACCUCUGUUCCUCGGAUGGGUGGGCUCAGUCAUCCAACUGGCUGGAGGAUUUUUUUAUCUGUGGUCAGUGUGCAAAUCACUGUGUGUAAAUGAGGAAAGAGUAUUCGCCAUUCAAGACCCAGAACAAAACAAGCCCACCACAGCAUCGUCCGACAUGUCAGAGAACACCUCCAAAAGCAAAAUGUCUUCCAUCUCAGAGAUGUCGUCAAAUUCUCAGCACUCAGAUGUGUCCUCCAUUUCCUCCAGAUCAGCACGCGCUUUAAAAUCUGGACGUACAGCUAGAUCAGGACGGUCAUCUAGGUUAGAGCAGAUUGACUUAUCGGCUGGGUCUUCAGCAUCGAGUUAUGAGUCUUCUUCAAGGUCCAGCCUCUUCUCUUCACCAGAAUCACACAGCAGCCGUUUAGCCUCAUCGCUUUCGGGCAACAUGAAGAGUGAAGCUUUACCGUUUGUCAAAAACACCUACAUCUGAACUGGGGCAAAGUAUAGAUAUUACAGAGAUAGUUGAAUUUUUAAUAGAAUGGACAAGAGGUGGAGCAAUGCCAAAGAAUCAGGGAGAAGUUCUCAUGGAGGAGCAAAAGUAACAGCUAACGCCCAUUUUGUGCCGUGAAGAGAAAACAUGGACUCAAAACAAUUUUAGAAAAUGUCAAUUUUGGUAUUUUUAAACAUUUUUACAUUUGUGUGAAAUGUCUGUAAUUUUGUCUGUGAAAAAACAUUGUGUCAUUGUGUACCCAAGCUGCAAAAAAAGGUGCUCCACUUGUUUGACAUUUGAUUAUCUGUUAAAAACAACCACUGUAGGAUUUGUUGGGAUGAGUAAAUAUUAGUGUACAGGUAUGUGUUACUGAUGAAGUGUAAAUAGACACGUUGUAAAUUCUGUGUACUGCACUGAACACUACAUGGCAACAGAGCACUGCUAAUAGGGAGCUUACGUAACUCCCAUCUACUUCCGG